AACUCGUAUCGCGAACCACACGAAGCCAUACCUCACCAGCAGCCGAGCCAACCGCCGCCAACUGUCAGCUACCGGUACGGGCCGUCAGGUUAUCCGCCAUCGCGUCAGUCAGAGCCGGCGCUGCGGUCGCCGACCGCUCCAUCACAGAAGACGCCCUUCACUGACGCCCUAAACAACAUAACUAAUAGUCGAGCAAUUCAACAACGAUUAGAGGAAUCGAAACGAUCGAGAGAUGAAGAAAUUAAAUAUCUGGAAACACUUCCAUAUCGGACACCACAACACGACGAACGGCUCAGAAAAUUGCUGAUCGAUCGGGAGUUCCAGAAACGCGCCGAAGAGAUGGGCGCCGAUGAGGACGAGGAUGAAGACGACGAGGUGUUGGACAGAGCGGACACUCAAACAACAGCAGCAAAACUUUAG